AUGGGAUAGAGCUAGCUAAAAGAAAUUUAAAUUGACCCAAAACGUCCUUGGUAAUACCUUUUGUAAAAAGAUAUACAGUGGCAUCAAGUAUAACAAAAGGUAGAGUCAGCUGCAUUACUUUCGCCAUAUAUUACUCCUGCAGGUUGGUAUGUUUGCCCAGCAAAUACUUCAUUAUAAAUAUUAGGUGAAAUAAAUGAUGAUAUGGUGUAUAAUUGUGAAGUUGAUCUUACAGCAUAAUCAAUAGAUUCAAUUAUCCCUGAAUUUUUUGAGUUAGUAAAUCAAAGAAAAAAAGGAGAUAAACUCCCAAAAAUAAAAUCAGUGAGUGAUUAAGUUCUAAAUCAAGUGAACUCGUUUUUAAAAAGCAGAGGCUCUACCACUAAUUGGAGUCAAGAGCAAUAUGUUAAAAUUUUAAAUUAUAACCUUUCAUUAGUUUCUUCUACUUUUAGUAAAGAUGCACUUCCUUCUAAUGAUAAAAUAUCUAUUGAGCUAAUUUAUGGACUUAUUGUUUCGCACUACGGAGAAUUAGUUUUAGAAAACUGCCCACAGAUAGCAGUUUUAAUGGUAUGCAUUCCUUUUGUAAAUGGUUUGAAUGAAUUUAGAAAUAAAGAUUUUGUUUACAGCGAACCUAUUAGAAGAAAAAUGCAAAGUUUGUAAGGAGUUAUUCUAAAAAAAAAAAAUUUACCUGUUCCAUAGGAAUUUUACAACAAAAAAUUUGAAAACACUGAAGAAUUAAAUGUAGAAUUAAAGAAAAUAAUGAAUCAGAUAAAAACUGAAUAAGAAGAAAAAAAUAUUUAAGUGUGUAACAAAUCUUAAUUUAAGCGUUUAAGAAAUUUAAUUCACUAACUCGAAACUAAAGUAAGUGUGAAGCAAGAAAAAUAUGUAGUUAGAAAAGAAAUUGUUUCAGAACAUUUUUACUUCACCUCAGAUUAUAGAAUGUAUUCAGACAAAAGCUGGGAAAUUAUUUUUUAUGAAGGUCUGAAGUAAGCUUUAAAUCGUAUCCCUACAGAUAUAGGUGUUUAUAAUAAUGCUACUUUAAGAGAUGCUUCUAAACACCUAGUAACAAGCUUUCUUAAAAAUUAGAACCCUGAAUUAGAGGCACAUAUUCUCAACAAUAAAUAUUAAGCUGCAUUAAAUCUUGAAAGACUAGCUAAAAUAGUUAAAAGUGCUCGUAAACUUGGUUACUUUUUAUCUGAUUGGUAAAAUAAAUUAGCAAGAAAGUGGUCAAAUUUGAGAGCAUAAAUUUUAAAUACCAUAAAAAUUCAAUAAGAAUAAUAAUAAGAAGAGACUGCUAAAUCUAUUAUUGUCCCUCCUCCACUUUAAUAUUGCUUAGCUUUGGAUCUUAAUCCUGAAUCGCAUCCAUUCAGUUUUACUUAUGGCAGAUAACAAGGAUACUGUGUAGAUUAUAAUAGUUCUUUAUAAUGGUAUCUAAAUUCAUGCAAUAGUAACGAAAAAGCAUAUUUUUACAGUUUAUUAUCAAAUCCUAAUGUCCAUGAAAAAUUCUUCUUUUUACUUGAAAUUCCCGAAAACUUAAGAGUGAUUCCUUACCCUUUGAACUAAGAAAAAGAAAAAGAGAUAAUAUAAAAAAUAGAUGAAUGGAUUGUUAAGUAGGUAAAUGACAAAACCUUAUCAUAAGUAGUUAUAAAAAUUAAUAAAUUCAUUGAUGAUAAAAUAAACUAACUCCCUGAAUAUUUAAAGCAAAAGACUAUUGGAGCAUUAUCGAAAAAGACUAAUGUAAUUGGAUUAUUCGAUUGCAUAUUCUAAAUUUAUCCCCCAGAAGAAAUCUACUUGGAUAAAGUCUAAUUACCUUUCCCAAAACACGCAGAUAAUUAAGAAAAAUUUAAAAGUGUUGGAGAACUUAACUCUCUCAAUGAAAAAGCUUCCUUUGAUCAACAGCUGUUAGGAUUUUGGGGUCCACCAAAAUAUGGCGGCAAAAUAUGA